GCGCGGGCGAGUGAAACGCGGCCGUAAAGUGAUCUGUACCUUCCCCGCCGGUCAGGCAGCAUCUCUGGCUAGAACAACACAGCAUUGUAUCAGCAACGUCACUCUGAUUCCCUCAAACAGCAGCUCCUCAUUUCUCUUCUGUAUUUUUGCAGGAUUCCUAAUAAACAGACGCGAUGUCUCGGAGAUAUGAUUCAAGAACCACCAUCUUUUCCCCUGAAGGACGUCUCUAUCAGGUGGAAUACGCUAUGGAGGCUAUCGGCCACGCCGGAAGCUGUUUAGGGAUUUUAGCCAAUGAUGGCGUGUUGUUGGCAGCGGAGAGAAGGAACAUCCACAAGCUACUGGAUGAGGUGUUUUUUUCAGAGAAGAUCUAUAAACUUAACGAAGACAUGGCAUGCAGCGUUGCAGGAAUCACAUCUGAUGCCAAUGUCCUCACGAACGAACUUAGGCUAAUCGCACAGAGGUAUCUCCUCCAGUACCAGGAGCCUAUCCCUUGUGAACAGCUGGUUACGGCCCUGUGUGACAUCAAACAAGCCUACACACAGUUUGGAGGGAAAAGACCGUUUGGUGUGUCUUUGCUGUAUAUGGGCUGGGAUAAACACUAUGGCUUCCAGCUGUACCAGAGCGACCCCAGUGGAAACUACGGAGGCUGGAAGGCUACCUGCAUCGGCAACAACAGCGCGGCUGCUGUGUCAAUGCUGAAGCAGGACUAUAAAGAGGGUGAGAUGACGCUCUCUGCAGCUCUCGCUCUCGCUGUUAAAGUGCUCAACAAGACCAUGGACGUCAGCAAGCUCUCUGCAGAGAAAGUCGAGAUCGCCACGUUGACCCGAGAGAACGGUAAGACCAGAAUCAAGGUUCUCAAACAGAAAGAGGUGGAAGAGUUGAUCAAGAAGCAUGAAGCAGAGGAGGCCAAAGCAGAGAAAGACAAGAAAGAGAAGGAACAGAAAGAGAAAGACAAAUGAGAAACCUGCACUUCCUAAUUUUUAAUGUCCACAAAAAGGGUUUAAUUCAUAGUACACAUCACUGUCACUUGUCUGUAUGUCCUUUUUUUUCUUUUCUUUUUCAAUAAUAAACACAACACAGUGA